UUUCUUUUAAUCUGUGACAAAGCAGCCGUGUGGCCGCUGCUCGUGCCCGGUCUCGGUUAUACAUACUUUUUAUAGCGAAAUAAUUAGAAAUGAAUUCUUCUGAAGAUUAUCAAGAAACCUUAGGAAUUGUAUACCAAUUCCUAACAAAUAUAGACAAAGCACUUGCGCAAAAAUUCCAAAAUAAGACUAAAGCGAAAUCUAUUCCAAGUUCACCAUCACUUCAAGACAUCAUCUCAGAGUAUAGAAAAUUGAAAAAAAAUACCACGCCGGCUAAGCAGGCAAAAAAGGCAGAGAGUUCUGAUGAUUCAAGUGACGAAGAUGAAGCACCAAAAAAGAGCACCCCACAGGUCAAUGGAAAAUUACCAUCAAAUGCCACCCCUGCUAAUGCUAAGAAAGGAACCAACAAAAAGGAAGAAUCCUCUGAUGACUCAGAUAGCAGUGAGGAUAAUGCUACAACACAACCUAAGAAGCAACCUGUUAAACCACAAAUGAAUAAUACACCAAAACCAGUAAAAAAACAAGAAUCCUCUGACAGUUCAGAUUCUGAAGAUGAAAAACCAAAGCCACCACAAAAAAAUAUUCAAACAAAAGCACCAUUAAAAAAAACAAAAGAUUCAUCAUCUGAUGAUGAUUCCAGUGAUGAUGAUAAGCCCAAAGCUGUGCAGAAGCAAACACCAAAACCUGUUCAAAAUAAACCAGUUUCAACCCCUGCUAAGCCAAAAACAGCAAAGUCAUCUUCAGACAGCGAUGAUAGUAGCGAAGAUGAAAAACCUAAGGCAGCUCAAAAGCAAGCUCCAAAAAUCCCUCCAGCUAAACCCAACAAAGCUGCUGCUAAAUCUUCUUCAGAUGACAGCGACAGCAGUGAUGAUGAUAAGGCUAAAGCUGUUCAAAAGCAAACACCCAAGCCUACACCAGCAAAACCUUCUGCAACACCAGCUAAAUCAAAUGCUAAGAAAUCAUCAUCUGAAGAUAGUGAUGAUAGUAGUGAAGAUGAAAAACCUAAAGUACCAUCCAAACAAACACCAAAAGCUACACCAGCUAAGCCUGCACCUAAACCACAGGCAAAAGCUGCAGCUAAACAAUCAUCUUCAGAUGACAGCGAUAGUAGUGAUGAUGAAAAACCAGCACAGAAAAAGGCAAAACCAACACCUGCCACCACACCUGCAAAACCAGCAGCAAAGAAGUCUUCUUCAGAAGACAGUGAUGAUAGCAGUGAUGACGAUAAGCCUAAACCAGCUCAAAAACAAGCACCCAAACCUACUCCUGCCAAACCUGCUCCUAGUACAACUAAAUCUAAAGCCAAGGAAUCAUCAUCUGAUGACAGUGAUGAUAGUAGUGAUGAUGAUAAGAAUACUUCUCAGAAACAGCCAGCUAAAGCAGCUCCGACACCAGCCAAGAAGAAUGCAACACCUGCAAAACCAAAAGCUAAAGAAUCAUCUUCAGAUAGCAGUGAAGAUGAAAAGCCAAAGCCAGCUCAAAAGCAAGUUAUGAAAUCAACACCAGCAAAGCAGAAGGCAAAAGAAUCAUCUGAUGAUAGUGAUGACAGUGAUGAUGAGAAGCCUAAACCUGCAGCUCAAUCCAAACCAGCUGCAACACCAGCUAAAGGAAAGUCUUCAAAAUCAUCAUCUGAUGACAGUGAUGAUAGUAGUGAUGAUGAUGAUAAGCCUAAGGCUGCUAAAAUGCCGAAGCUCACAGCUACCCCUGCAAAGUCUAUAAGCACACCAGCUAAGAAACAGGAUGCUUCAUCAUCUUCAGAUGAUAGUGAUGAUGACAAGCCUUCCACAAAAGCAAACAAUGAAUCGCAGGCUGCCGAGAAUGGUUUUAAAAAAGGGAAGAAACGAAAAGCUUCAGAUGGAGAAAAUGAUACUCCAGCGAAAAAACCCUACAGCAAUUUUGUUAAGGGUACAGAUGUAGUGUCUACGCCCAAAGAGAAUGAAAAAAAUAAUAAACCAGUGCCAUUUAGGCGAGUUGUAUCAGAAAAAGUAGAAGUGGAUCCUAGACUUAAAGACAAUUCAUUUGAAGCCAAGAGUGGAGCACGUGGAUCGUGGGGUGAGCGUGCAAAUAUAGAUUUGAAACACACACGAGGCAAGUCUUUCAAACAUGAAAAGACUAAGAAGAAGCGGGGAUCAUACCGAGGUGGUGUCAUCGAUAUGGGUGUACAUUCUAUUAAAUUUGAAGAUUAGCCAUACAUAAAUGUUUAUCAUAUUGCUACGCACUUUCAAUAUUUAAAUUUUCAAUAGUGUAUUACAUGCAUUUAAUUUUAACAUAUUUUUCUUUAACAUAUUUAUAAUUAUUAUGAUUAUAUGAGUAAUGAUUUAGCAGAAGAGGUAUGUUAUUUUUUAGUAGGUAUGAUUUACCUAAUCAUAAUAUGUAUUUUGACUAUCUUUUAUCCAAAAGAAAACUGAUAUAAAUGUUUUAUAGGUAUAAAAACAUAGGUAAUAUCAUAUAUUUUGUAAAUAUUUUUUCUAGUGUUAAGCUUUAACCACAAACAGAUGUUUGGUUAUUUUGUACAUAAUAAGUGAUUAUAUAAUAGUAGCCUUA